CUUCCGUUCAUCAUUCAGUUUUUGAACCCAAAGAGCGGGUAGCUGCUGAGAUCGGAGAAUCCACUUUUCUCUCACCUCUCUCUCUCAACGCCAUCGCCAUCUCGUUCUUUUCAGCUGUUGAAAGAUAAUGGCAGACGGUGAGGAUAUUCAGCCACUCGUCUGCGAUAAUGGGACAGGGAUGGUUAAGGCUGGAUUUGCUGGAGAUGAUGCUCCCAGGGCUGUGUUUCCUAGCAUUGUUGGUCGUCCACGUCACACAGGUGUGAUGGUUGGCAUGGGCCAAAAAGAUGCAUAUGUUGGGGAUGAAGCUCAGUCCAAGAGAGGUAUAUUAACGCUGAAAUAUCCCAUUGAGCAUGGUAUUGUGAACAAUUGGGAUGACAUGGAGAAGAUCUGGCACCACACCUUCUACAAUGAACUCCGUGUGGCACCCGAAGAGCACCCAGUUCUGCUCACCGAAGCACCUCUCAACCCAAAGGCCAAUCGUGAAAAAAUGACCCAAAUUAUGUUUGAGACCUUCAAUACCCCCGCCAUGUACGUUGCCAUCCAGGCUGUUCUAUCCCUGUAUGCCAGUGGCCGUACAACUGGUAUUGUUCUGGACUCUGGAGAUGGUGUCAGCCAUACUGUCCCCAUUUAUGAGGGGUAUGCCCUCCCUCAUGCCAUCCUCCGUCUUGACUUAGCAGGGCGCGACCUCACUGAUGCCUUGAUGAAAAUCCUUACUGAACGUGGUUAUUCCUUCACUACCACAGCUGAGCGUGAAAUUGUAAGGGAUGUGAAGGAAAAACUGGCUUAUAUUGCCCUUGAUUAUGAGCAAGAACUUGAGACAGCAAAAACUAGCUCUGCUGUUGAGAAGAGCUAUGAGCUUCCUGACGGACAGGUCAUCACCAUUGGUGCUGAGCGUUUCCGAUGUCCUGAAGUCCUCUUCCAACCAUCCAUGAUUGGAAUGGAAGCUCCAGGCAUUCAUGAGACCACAUACAAUUCAAUUAUGAAGUGUGAUGUCGAUAUUAGGAAGGACUUGUAUGGAAACAUCGUUCUCAGUGGUGGUUCUACCAUGUUCCCUGGCAUUGCUGAUAGAAUGAGCAAGGAAAUCUCCGCUUUGGCACCAAGCAGCAUGAAGAUUAAGGUGGUUGCCCCACCCGAGAGAAAGUACAGUGUCUGGAUUGGUGGCUCUAUCUUGGCUUCUCUCAGCACUUUCCAACAGAUGUGGAUUGCAAAGGCAGAGUACGACGAGGCCGGUCCUUCAAUUGUACACAGGAAAUGCUUCUAAAUUCUGCGAGUUCUUUCCUUUCUAUUAAAAUUUUUGUUGUUGUUAAAACAGUUCACUGGGAGAAAAAGUUGAGUUUGAUGGCAGAGUUAAUUCUUUCAUUUGUUUUGUUUUGUUUUAUUAUUGGCAAUUGUUGAACAGUUGAUCUUUUAACUAUAAA